AUGAGCAAACCCGACACCAUCUACGCCGAUGAGCGGCGCUUCCUCGACGAGCGCGGCUCCUCCGCCUCCCUGGCCCCCAAUGGCGAGAAUCCGGCGACGAUCAUGGAGAAGGCUGUCCGCGAGCGCAUCAUCGACGCCUACUUCUACAAAGAGCAGUGCUUCGCCGUCAACGAGGCCGACAUCGUCGACCGCGUCGUCGAGCACGUCACCUUCAUCGGUGGUACCUACGGCGUAACUCAGAAGCCGACGCCGUUCCUGUGUCUGGCGUUCAAGCUCUUGCAGCUCGCGCCGUCGGACGAGAUCCUCGAGACGUACCUAGGCUUCGGCGGCGAGAAGUUCAAAUACUUGCGCGCGCUGGCCGUGUUCUACAUCCGGAUGACGAGGAAGGCGAAGGAUGUUUACCUGCUGCUGGAGCCGUUUCUGGAAGAUCGGAGGAAGUUGAGAAGAAAGGGACGCGCGGGGACGAGUCUGACGUACAUGGACGAGUUCGUGGACGAUUUGUUGACUAAGUCGAGAGUUUGCGCGACGAGUUUCAGGGAACUGCCCAAGAGGGUUGAUUUGGUGGACUUGGGAGAGUUGGAGGAGAGGAUCAGUCCGCUUGGUGAUAUUGAUGAGCUAUUAGAGGAGGCAGAGGAAGAGGAGAGGAGGGAAGCUAGUGAAGGCAGUCCAAGGGAGAACGGCGCUGAUGACUCUGAGGGAGAGGUGGUUGAAGACAGGAGAGGCAGCGGUGAACCGAUGGACGUGGAGAGGAGAUCACGGUCAAGGAGCUGA